UGUCACCUUAACACUUCAAAAUUCAUCUCUCCCUUUAUUGCCGUGUUAUACACUUUUAUCUAUCUUCCCUUCUACUCAACAACAGCAGUUGGGGUUGAACUUCUCAAGGAACAUGUCUUUCACAGCCAUAAACGGCGAAAACAUAGACCCCCCUUUCGCAAAGCAGGACCCCGAUUCAAACGAACUCACCAUGACCCUAGUCAAAGAAAAGGACGAAAACGACUCGCCCAUCCCCAACCAAACCCCAGUGCCAACCCCCCGCAAGCGUACUCGCAACAAGACCACAACCAACGACACCACCGACGAGUCCGAGUCUGAACAGAACCACGAACAAACCUCACCCAGCAAAAAACCCAAACCCAAAUCCCCCUCCAAAUCACCCACCAAAAGAACCCCCGGCCUCGGCCCCAUCCCCAACAGCUACGAACAAGCAAGCAACGAAGACAAACUGCUCAUCCGCCUAAAAGACGAGAACAAGCCGUGGACCGAAAUUACAAAGGCGCUGGAGGAUAUCACGGGGAUGACGUUGGGUGCUGGGCUGCGGUCUCGGUAUGCGCGGAUUAAAGCGAAUUUGGUGGGGUUUGAGGAGGGUGAUGGUCCGAUUCUAUUCGAGCUCAAGAAGGAUAUUGAAGAUAAGCAGGAACUUGAGAAAUGGCAGAGGAUUGCUGAGGGGAUUGAGGCGAGGAGUGGGAAUAAGUAUCCGAUUACUACUCUGCAGAAGAAGUUUAAGGAGUUGAGUAAGGUCAAUGGAGGUGGUGCGGUUGCGGUCAAGGACGGAGAGUGAUUGAAGGACUCUGUACGGAGUACAGGAGCUGUGUUGGACGAACGAUGAUUGUCAAGAUUCAAAGGCAAGUCCAUUUAUGCUAAGGUAUCUCCAUGUAUCAACAA